CUAGCUCAUCCUAAGAUCAACAAACAAUAUGGUUAAGGAGUAUCAGCAGAUCUCACAUUCAGUGUGAUAUAUCGUUCGAGGGUUGAGAGGCGGACCAGUGCCAGUGAGGGGAGGAGGCGGUGCCCACUGAGUCAAGGCCAAGGCGUGAGCGGGCGUUCGUUACUCCUCCAGUCCUCCCCUCCUGGUUUCGUCUCAGUUCCCGUGUGGUCCGUGCAGUGAGCGCACCACGUGGAGCCAUCCGGUGCUGAAGGACUUGUGGCGGACUCAAGCCUAUCGGAACAGGAACUUGGUACGCGAGGAUUCAAUAUAGUGUUCAGCCAACCAACACAACACAAUGGAGUGAAAUUAACGUGAAGGGCAUCGCAGCAGCAAUUGAAAUACCAAGGCACUCCUGGAGGGACUGUUUGUUUUUACUUUUAGGAACGCGAGAAGGACAAGUAAGAGGUGGUCCUUCUUCAGCCUCUCAAGGAAGGUCCUUGGGAGUCCGCAAACAUUCUUCCGACUAGUGAACAAAGAAAAAAAUGUUAUGACGUGAAGAAAGACGGCCUAAUAUAUAAUACAGAACAAUGAGAGCUCCAAAAAUAUUGAGUUUAUUGUUUCUGUCCGUCGCGUGGGCAGAAGCGACACAUGCAUCAAAGUCAAUAGAAAAUGCUAAGCCAGAAAUUGACAAAGACUCUCAGAGGACUUACAAAGAGUCGAGUGGAUUUGAGAGAUCUCGAAGACAAGCUUACUACGACAAUCGAGAAUCUGUGUUGCGGGAAAAUGAGGAAAAUGACAUUCUAGAUCAAAUUCAGACGGCGACUGCCACUGACUUGGGAUCUUCCUUCAACUUCCGCGCUCAGUUCUCGCAAGGAUACAUCGAUCUGGGUUCCCGCGACCUGGUGGAGGAGGGCGCCGCUACUCUUGCCUUCGUCUUCGACACCACCGGCUCUAUGACAGAUGAUAUGCAGCAAGUGAUCGUGGGUGCCGGAGAGAUUCUCAACACAGUGCUGGAGAAGUUCGACCGUCCCAUCCACAACUAUGUCUUUGUUCCCUUCCACGAUCCCGAGGUGGGUCCCGUGACAGCCACCACGGAUCCUGAAAGGUUCCAAGAAUCUCUCAAGGAAUCCUACAUAUUUGGGGGAGGUGACUGUCCAGAGAUGGCCAUCAAGGCGAUCAGGAUAGCCUUAGAUAUCAGCCUGCCUCACUCCUAUGUGUACGUAUUCACGGAUGCCAGAGCCAAGGACUACUACCUCCUAGAUGAGGUCCUGCAAAUUAUCCAGAAGAAGCAAUCACAAGUGGUGUUUGUGAUGACGGGUGACUGUGGCAACCAUACCCACCCAGGUUACCAAGCCUUUGAGGACAUUGCCUCCACAUCAUCAGGACAAAUCUUCCACCUGGACAAGGGGAAUGUGAAAGAGGUACUGGAUUUCGUCCGUGUGUCUCUUGAAUCCCGGAAGGUGAACCUCCUCUCUUUCAACCGUGAAGAUUUUGGCCCUGGGGAGGAGAACAUUCCUCUCUUAAUAGACCCGACACUCAAGCAGUUCACCAUUUCAGUGUCUGGAGAGAAACCAAAAAUUGAAAUAUAUGAUGCUGCAGGCAGAUACAUCAAGGAAGAGGAAGGGGUGGAACACUUACUGGAUCUAGAGAAUGUCAAGAUAGUGGGCGUGAAGCAGCCCUCGCCAGGGCAGUAUAACAUUUCUGUGGGUAGCGAAAGUAAGUUCACUGUGCGAGCCACGGGAGUGUCGUCCCUCAGCUUUGACCAUGGCUUCUCCCUCUAUCCAACAACAGACUUUAAGGAAACAUACCAUAGGCCUAUGACAGGUGAAACAUCAUAUGUCUUGGUGAAGCCAUCUGAUGUAACAGAAUUUGGGGACUUGAUUCGGCUGCAGAUGAUCUCUCUUGAUGGAAGAAUUCUGGAGGACUUGCCUUUGACUCGCUUACCAGGGUCCCUUCCUGUUUACAAUGGCACAGCAUUUCUUACUCCAGAUCAGCCCUUCAAUCUUAAGAUUUUUGGACGAGACAAACAUGGAUAUGAAUUUGAAAGGAUUUCUUCAACUGCUGUGUCAUCACAAGAGCCAAGUCUACCUGAAGUGAACUCACUGAAUGAGGUGACAGGAUACACCAGCCGACCAGCAAUAAUCACAUGCCACGUUCACACUCUGCUGCCCUUCACACUGCUCUGGCAGAAGAAUGGACUGUAUAUAGGCACCGAACAGUCAUACCCACAAUCAUCAGAGGUGCAUUAUAUUGUCAAUUCAGCAAGCCAGGAAGAUGAGGGCCAAUACACAUGUAUAGCAAAUAACAGUGUUGGUACUGCUUCCUCUGAUGUGUACCUAGAUGUGAAAGAGCCACCUCCACAUGUUGUGGCUUCAAAAACUGUGACAGUUUUUUCCACACAACCUGCUGUUCUUACUUGCCAUGUCACUUCAGCAGUUGAGUACAACAUUACCUGGUCUCGUUAUGUAGAAAAGGGCCAGAUCAAGGAUUUCUUCGGAAAAACAGAAACCAUUGGUGACUUUGUAAGUGUGGAUGAGUUGGAGGGAUAUCAAGUGUUGGCCAAUGACUCCCUUGUCCUAGAGAGGCCCAGCAGCCAGCAUGAGGGAUGGUUCAGGUGUACUGCAGCCAAUGAAGGUGGACGGCAGUCAAGGGAAGUACAUGUCACUGUACAGUCACUACCGGAGGUGACAGUAUUGCCAGAAGUUCUGGGCUACAGAAGGGGAGACAACAUCACCCUGUCAUGCUUAGGCCAAGGCCUCCCUCAUCCCAUCCUGACUUGGUCAAGAGAUGAUGUGUCACUCACUGAAUCAACCGAUGGAUCAGCAUCCCAAAUUGAGCUACACGUGUCCCUGGCUACACGUGACGACGAGGGAAUGUACACCUGCACCGCAUCCAGUUCAUCUGGCACAGCAACGGCAGUAUCUACACUGAGAUACACUGAGGCUCCCCAAGUAGUACCAUUUGAGGAGGAGUUGUUUGUGAGAAAUGGAGAAACAGUAAAGCUGCAGUGUCUGGUGGCAGGAAUUCCACAGCCCACAUUGCAAUGGGUCAAGGAUGGCACACCACUUGUUCCUAUGUCUUUCAUACAGAUGGAAGAUGAUUACCUUAAGAUUCUGGGGGUCCAGGAGAACGAUGCUGGUCAGUACACUUGCAGGGCCACUAACUGGGCUGGUGCUGAUGAAGCACAGAUUUCCCUAAGGGUUGGUGCUGCUCCCACUGUUAUUCAGGCGCCCACAGAUGCUGAGCUUGACAUUGGUAGUAUGGGAGGAUUUUCAUGCUAUGGUGUAGGAGUGCCGGAGCCUUCCAUCACCUGGUACAAGGCUGAUGGUUCUUAUCUCCCUUCCCAUUUUGCUCAAGAUGGGGAUGGUAAUCUCAGAAUUAAAGGUGUGCAGUUAGAGGAUGAAGGAACAUACAAAUGCAUCAUUGAGAACCAAUAUGGGAGACUACAGAUGCAGGCUUCACUCUUUAUCUCAGGACUAAUGGCUCCCGUGGUGGCAGUUCCACAAGUGCCUCACCUAGAGGUGACCAAAGGAUCUGCUGUCACCCUGCCAUGCAUAGUUGUCAUGGCUGAUCCUCCUCCUCAGAUUACUUGGUAUUAUGAAGGUUCACCAAUUUAUUCAGGAACAGGGGACAUGGUGAUAGAUGAUGACGGAUCAUUGAAGAUUCCUGUGGUAAAGUCCAAAGAUGAAGGCAGGUACCAGUGUGUUGCUACUAAUGUGGCUGGCAACUCUUCUCUCACCCUUACUCUGUCUGUACUGGUUCCUCCCAGAGCUAAGAAUAACAGAGGAGAAGAAAAUAUAGUGGUCCUUAAAGGGGAUGUUGUUAGACUCAAGUGUCCGGUCAAGGCUGACCCAAAGCCUACCUUUUCCUGGACCAAGGAUGGGCAGCCUCUGCCAUUUGACUCACGCAGAGUGCGUGUGUCAAAAAAAAAUGGCAUCAUCAUGAUAAAGCAAGCAAGACAGAGUGACGCAGGAACAUAUGUCUGCAUUGCUAAGAAUGCUGCUGGUACCACAAGUAUACCUGUUAAUCUGCAAGUUAAUGAUGAACCUGAAAUAUCUCCUGCUGGAGAUGAAAUUUUGACAGUCCUUGCUGGACAGGAUCUCAAGCUGCCUUGUGAGGUGACGGGUCAUCCACAACCAUAUGUUGCUUGGCAAAAGGAUGGACAAAGUUUUGGAGAAACAGUCAAUCUUCAACCAGGCCCUGGGUACCUGCUGAUGAGCAAUGUGACUCCCUCCAUGGCUGCUGUCUACACUUGCACUGCUUACAAUUCAGUAGGAGAAGCAAAGAAAGAAUUCACAGUUUAUGUAAAUUAUGCCCCUGUUGUGGAGGAGAUUCAUGAGUACACUCCAGAGAAGAGGAUUGUUGAAGGAGGGCAGCUGUCACUUCCCUGCCAUGCUGAAGCGCAUCCAAUACCAACCAAAGACUGGAGCAAAGAUGGACAAAAGCUACAUCCAACACCAGAUCUGAUCAUAUCCAACUCUGGCACUGUGGAGGUGUCCCAUGCUGCUCCACAACACUCAGGCAGCUACAGGUGUACUCUUAGAAAUAUGCUUGGAGAAGCUCAUAUUGAUUAUGAAGUUGAAGUUAUUGUUCCUCCUCGGGCAUUGCUUCAGAACUGGCAGGAGGCCACAAUGGUGGUUGAGGGGGAUGAAGUAGUGAUUAGGUGUCCUGUAGAUGCAGUUCCCCUUCCUGAUAUUACUUGGUUUAAGGAUGGUGUCUCCAUUCAUUCUACCAAAGAUCGUGCUGACUUGACUCAUCUAAUUAUUGAAGAAAAUGGUCAUAUACUUCACAUAUUGGAGGUCUCUAUUGCUGACAAUGGUACAUAUGUGUGUGUGGCCAAGAAUGACGCAGGUGAAACAGAGGUGUCAUAUCACUUGGAGGUACUUGUGGCUCCACGGUUCAGUCAGUUCUACCACAAUCCUGAGAUUGAGUUAAGAGUGGGCCAGGAAUUAUUCCUAGAUUGUCAUGCAACUGGAAAUCCUAAGCCACAGGUAUCUUGGGUUCAUAAUGGAUCUCCACUUGAAGACUCAGUAACUAGUAGCGGAAGUCAAGUGAGUGUGCUAAGAGUAUCAUCCAGUCAUGCUGGUUUUUACACCUGUACUGUGCAGAAUACAGCUGGCACUAUUCAGAGGAACUUCAAUGUCACUGUCUUGGUUCCUCCCAUCUUUGAAGACAACAAAAAUCACCAAAACAAUGUGAAUGCUGUGAAAGGCACUGACACUCAGCUGGACUGCAGAGUAAGUGGCUCACCUCCUCCAGCUGUUUCUUGGAUGAAGAAUGGAUUGCCCCUCGCACAUUGGCCAGAUUUACAACAUCAACUUUCACCUGAUGGUCAGGUGCUGAAUUUGCUACAGGUAGAUGCCCACUCCUCUGGGGUGUAUCGUUGUGCUGCCAAGAACAGCCUUGGCACGAGACACAAAUUAUUCAACAUGACUGUUCUGACUCCACCAUCAAUAAGAAGAGAAGAUGGUAAAGCUGAUGAUCUAGUGGAGGAAAUUGACGUUGUUGCUGGUGAAGAAGUCAUCCUAUAUUGUCCAGCUGAGGGCACUCCAAGACCCACCAUUACCUGGCUGAGGGAAGAAAAAAUAUUGCCGUCCUCUGAAUCUCCACAACAUUUGCUGCUUUACGAUGCACAAGAGAAAGACAGCGGUGACUACACUUGUCUAGCCAGCAAUCCAGUUGGAAGUGUAGAGAAACAGUUUGCUGUGAGAGUGAUUGGUAAGCUAUGUGCUGUGUCUGGCUCUUGCCUAAUCCAUGCUUUCUGUUUGAACAUAUCUGCCAGCAAAAUAACAAAUUUGAAGAAGGAUAUGGACAGACCAGACACUAAGCCAUAUCAGGAAGCAAUGGUGGACACGCCCUUUUCCCUGUACUGCCCUGUUGUGGGGUCACCUUUGCCAAACAUCAUGUGGAGCAAGAAUGGUGUUGUGAUAGAAAAGCACUUGGAGCAAGGUUUCAAUGACCAUAUCAGCUUUGGAGAGGAUGGACAGCUCUUGCUUGUAUCAAGUGCAACUGUGGAAGAUUCUGGAAACUACACCUGCUAUGUACAGAACACAGGAGGCUCAGAUUCAGUCUCUUAUGUUGUUGCAGUUCAAGUUCCUCCACAUAUUAUGCAAGAAAUAGAUGCUCCUCUUACCUAUGUGGAGGGAGAAGAUGUUAGCCUUUACUGUGAGGUGGAAGGCACAACACCGCUGAGUAUUGUGUGGCUACUGGAUGGUGUUGGACUGGAAGAUUUGAGGUUGCCAGGCAUAACUGUUGAUGAAGACUUUACUGUCAUGGAGGGCAAUCUCACACUAGCUAAGUCUGUGGUCAACAUAGAGGAUGUGAGUGAGAUCCAUAGUGGUCCCUACACUUGCAUUGCCAGCAAUGGUGCCGGGUCUGAUGAAUUUAUACAUUCAGUGGAUGUGGCUACUCCUCCUCGAGUGGAGGAUGAUUCAACUGAUACUAAUGUUGUUGUGAUGGUCAACAGGCCAGCCAUCCUCACCUGUGAAGCAGAGUCCAACCCAGAGCCUUACAUUUCAUGGUUGAAGAACUCAGAGCCAUUAGAAGAGAACCCCAACAUGCAUGUGAGUCUUGAUGGUCGAGAAUUGAAGUUGUUGCAAGUCAGAGAGCAAGAUACUGGCAACUAUUCAUGUUUGGCUGUCAAUGUUGCAGGAGCUAUUUUUAUCAACCAUACUCUUCAAGUUCAGGUGCCUCCUCACCUGCAAGGAGAAGUGAAGGAGAAUGUGCAUGCAAAGGCAGGUGAAGAUGUUGAACUAUUUUGUCCAGUUUAUGCCACACCUCAGCCUUCCAUCCUGUGGAUGAAUGAGUCCACCAUACUUCAAGAGACAUUUACAAUCAUAAACCCACAGAGACUAGUCCUACGUAGUGUUAGCAAGGACGAUGCUGGCCGGUACAGCUGCUUGGCCACCAAUGAAGCCGGGACCUUGGAACAAGACUUCAAUCUUCAUGUUAUGACGGCUCCCAAGCUGGUGGACCUUGAGAAGCCAGUGGUGGAGAAGUCUGUGGUGGCCAAUCGUCUGGUGACUGUUAGCUGCUAUGUGGUGGCUGAUCCUCUGCCGGCAAUCAGAUGGCUCAAGGAUGGAAAACCACUCCCUUCAACAUCCACUGUGGAUUUGAAAUUUGACAAUCAGGACCGCCACCUCACACUGCUGAGAGCCACGCCUGCGGACAGCGGCAACUACACGUGCCAGGCCACCAAUGCUGCUGGCACCACCACCCUAACCACUCUUCUCUCAGUUCACACUCCUCCAACCUGGAAUCCAGAUAGUGAUCUAGAAGAGGAGAUUACAGCUCUGGAAGGUGAAAACUUAGAACUCUUUUGUGAUGUGGAGGCAAACCCAUUUCCUUCCAUUUUGUGGCUUAAGAAUGGACAAGUGAUCAGCCCAGUACUCAAGUCUAAUGACACAGAAGAUGACAGGUUAUUGAGAGUGAUUAAGCUUGAUGAUGGAGACAGUGGUCGGUAUGUGUGUGUAGCAAGCAAUGCUGCAGGCACAGGCAAGUUUGAGUUUGAGGUGACUGUGCUGGCCCACCCAUCCCUCACCUAUGAGCCUCAAACUAACCACACAGUGCUUCAGAACCAUCUGUUGUCUCUGGAGUGCCCAGUUGAUGGGAGCCCCAAACCCAGCAUCCAGUGGCUGAUCAAUGGCCUGCCAGUGUCCUCAUCAGACAAGUACAUUCAGCUUUCUGCUGCUCAGACACAACUCCACAUACUAAGAGUGCUGAGUUCAAUGGCAGGACAGAUCUCAUGUGUGGCCAGUAACAGUGUGGGUGAACUAAUGACUAACUAUACUCUUAAUGUCCUGACACCACCUGUCAUCACCUCAACACCGAGCUCAAGGCAGGCCAAGGUGUAUGAGGGAGGCUUACUUACACUCUCCUGCCACUCCAGUGGAAACCCAAGGCCACAGGUGGCUUGGCUGGUGGGAGAUGGCAGGAUGUUGACUGAAUCAGAACUACUUGACUCUGGUUUGGAGUUACAUGAAGUCAAUCAGUCACUCAUUAUCUUGGAGGCUAAUAAAGGCCACCAGGGUCAUUACACAUGUGUGGUCUCCAACCCUGCAGGAUCAGCUGAAGACACCUUUUUUGUAGAAGUUCUGGUGCCUCCAGUGAUUCGGGAGCCAGAAGGAAGCACCAGUUUGGAGGUAAUGCAAAGCUCAACAAUAACACUCCUUUGUGUGGUAGAUGCCCGGCCCAGAGCUACAAUCACCUGGUUCAAGGAUGGAAGGGAAAUAGAUGGAAGACAGGACCCAUUUCUUCAUGUGACAGGAAAUGGAGAGCAACUUAAAUUUCUGAGAACUCUUUCUUCUCACACUGCCAAUUACACCUGUAAAGCUGCUAAUGAAGCUGGAGAGGACCAUCUUAAUUUUCAAGUGCAGGUUAUGGUGCCACCGAUAAUAAUAGAGGAUUUGGUGGAGAAUGCCAUUGGAGGAGGCAUUGGAGGAAAAACACACGGAGUGGUUGGGCGCACUAUGGACCUUGAGUGUUAUGUCAUUGGAACUCCCACACCCACUGUCACCUGGACUAGAGACAUUCAGGAGAUAGAAGUUAAUGAUCACUUGGAGCUGCUGGAGGGGGGACAAGUGCUGAGGCUGCACCAUGCACAGACAAAUGAUUCUGGUCACUACACCUGCACUGCUAACUCAACCUCAGGCACUGCAGGCCGAGACUUCCUGGUUGUCAUUCACAGACGACCUCUCAUCACACCACCAUCAGAGAAGAACCUGGAGGUGGUAUUGAAUGACCCACUGACAUUGACUUGUGAAGUAGACAGUUCCCUAACGCCUGCUGUGUCAUGGAUCAGACAUGGACAACCCAUCACUCCCUUCCUCAACCCAAACUUUCAGGUACGGUCUGAGGGCAGAGAACUACAUCUUCGAAGAGUGAGGAAGGGAGAUGGAGGAGCCUUUACUUGUGUGGCAGUUAAUGCUGCUGGACAGGACACCCUUACCUACAAUAUUGCUGUACAAGUACCAGCUGUGAUCGAAAGAGCCAAUACUCAGUCAAGAGUCAUUGGUGUUGCUGGCCAGAGUGUGGAGUUUGUAUGUGAAGCUUCUGGCAGCCCCAGGCCCAGCUUGUCCUGGGUGCAUGAUGACACACUUGUCACUCCUGACCACCCACAUUAUCAGAUUCUUGACAAGGGUAAACGACUGCAAGUGAAGGAAGUAUUGCUGGAAGAUGAAGGAACAAUCAGCUGUACAGCCUCCAAUACUGCUGGCCAAGACACCUUCAACUUCACUUUGGAAGUCAUGGUGCCUCCUUACUUACCUGAUGAAGCAGUGACAGAUAUAACAGUGAAAGAGGGAGACAGCAUUAUCUUAGAAUGUCCUGUGGAAGCUACUCCAUCCCCAACAGUGACAUGGGAGAGAGAUGGCUCACCGAUUGACAUUAAUGGCAAGGGAAACAUUAACACAGAAAGGAAUGGACAAUGGCUGCGAGUGGUGCGAGCUGGUAGCCACAACACUGGAGUGUACACGUGUACCAGCACUAACUUGGUGGGUCUGCUGGAUGUGGACCUUGUUUUGAAUGUUCUUGUACUACCAGAGAUUGUGGAAGGAAGACUUAGUGUGGUGAAGCACAACACUGUGGAAGGCCUCAGGGAAAUGGAGGUGGUGACAGUGACAGAGGGUGGCCAUGCUGUACUCGAGUGCUACCUACGGAAGGGCUUUCCUGCCCCCAACAGGACCUGGACUCUUUACCCUAAUACUUCUCUUCCCCUCCAUUUUAAGGUGAUGGGGGGUGGGGAGAGAGUAGUGGUGAGCAAGGCAUCAGUGGAGGAUGCUGGAAUCUAUAGUUGCCUGGCCCACAAUCAAGCUGGACAGGACAGCAAAUUGAUAAAGCUGGAAGUCUAUUCUCCUCCACGUAUCAAUAUGUCGGCCCUUCCUAGCAAUUUUGUGGUUCUUCAUAAAGGUAAUGUGGAGGCUGAACUACCCACCAUAGGUCAGCCUCAGAACUCCACUCACUCAGCUGCCGUCACCAUCACUCAUGGCCAGACCAUCACACUCCCCUGCCCAGUCACAGGAUAUCCUCUGCCUCGCCGUUUGUGGUACCAAGGUUCCCAGGCGCUGGUGUCGUCAUCAAAGCGAGUGGUUGGUACUGGCGGUCGAGACUUGACUCUAGUGGGUGUUGGGCCGAGGGAUGUUGGGAUCUAUGUGUGUGUGGCAGUAAAUCCAGCUGGAGAAGCACAGCUCACCACUUCUCUUCAUGUUAUUUCUGUUCCGGAACUGGAAGGGCAAACUAAUGAAGAGUUGAUGUUGGUGGAAGGGGAAAAUACUAUUCUUGAGUGCAGAGUGAAACCUCAAUCUGCAGGACAGCUGGGGCCAGGCAUUCAGUCCCAUUACAAUAUCACGUGGACAAAGUCUGGCCAACGACUAGAGCAGGACACACUGUGGAGUGAGGAAAUUGAACUGGUGAUGGACAGUCCAACCAACCUGGAUCAGUAUUAUGACUAUGACAAUUCUACAUUCAGCCCAGAAAUGUUUGAAGAUUUCAGCUCACAAUCAGGCUGGCACUCAACAACCUAUCCUGAAGAGGACAAUGACAGGCAGCUUGAUGGGGCACAUUACACCAUCUCCACUGAUGGCUCACGUCUUUUCUUGCCACUGAUUACAAAGCAAGAGGAAGGCAUGUACUCCUGCCAGGUGGCCAAUGAAGCAGGAACUACUCACAAGACUUUCAGAUUGGAUGUCUUGGUUCCUCCAGACAUACAAACUGAGGAACGGCCAUUCCGGCAUUACAAUGUGACAGUGGGGAAGCCGUUGGUGCUGGAGUGUGAUGCCCAGGGUGACCCACCACCUGAGGUUAUUUGGUCUCAUGGAGGCUCCCAACUUAAACCAUCUUCUAGACUGCAGAUGCUUGAGGAAGGCCACAUUCUCUUCUUCACUAGUGUUGAGGAAGACGAUGAUGGAGACUACAUGUGUCAAGCAGUUAAUGUAGUUGGUGCGACAGAUGAAACCUUCCACCUCAAUGUUUUUGCUCCCCCAAAAGUGUCAGGGCCACCAGAGACCAAGGUGUCAGUACUAGGGGGCCAGCCUGUAGCAAUUGAAUGUGAUUUAGAAGGACGACCAAAACCAGACUAUAUUUGGAUGUAUAAUGGAGAUGAAGUCACCUCUGAUGACGUCAUUGUAGUGGAGAAUCUCCUCACUAUUGAUAGCACCACUUUGGACCAUGCUGGGGACUACCAGUGUGAAGCCAUCAACUCAGUUGGACAUGCUGUGAAGACAUUCAAGCUCCAAGUAAAAGAGCCACCAAUCAUAGUUGGAGGAACACAGGAAGAAGUUGUGAGUGUGUUGGAGGGAGAGACUGCAUCUCUUCACUGCCAUGCCUCAGGGAGUCCUGAGCCCAUCAUCUCUUGGUCAAAGGAAGAGGAAGAAGUAGGCGUGUGGCUACUUGACCAGCUGAAAAUGUAUCAUGAGGGAAGUAACUUGCAAAUUCAACAUGUGAAAAGGGAAGAUGCUGGCUAUUACACAUGUUUGGCAUCAAAUGUGGCUGGCAAUGACACUAAACAGUAUCUACUUCAGGUCUUAAUGAAGCCAGAAUUGUUAGCAGCGGAGGAUGAGGUGAGGGUGGUGUUGGGGGAGGAGACGCUACUUUCUUGCUUAUUUGGUGGCAUCCCUGCGCCUCAGAUAACUUGGUACUUCAAAGGGGAGCCUAGGGAACAUGGAGAAAUAGUAAAGAUUUCCCCAGCACGCUCUAGUGACAUGGGUAACUACAGCUGUGUGGCUGAGAAUGAGGCUGGCCAAGCAAGUCACACCACUCAGCUCAUAGUGCACACAUACCCAUCAGUGGAAGCUGAGAGAAAGCACGUGGUUGCCAUCAGUGGAACAGAAGUUACUUUGCGCUGUCGAACUAAAGGUCAGCCUGCACCAACCAUUAGGUGGUUCAAGGCUCACCAAAUGAUCAGUUCAGGUCCAGAAUUUGAGGUGAAAGAUGAUGGGUCUCUACAUCUGCCCCUCGUCUUGCCUUCCCUUGCUGACACCUAUGUCUGCACCGGUCAGAACCGUGUCGGCUCAGCUUCAGACCACAUGCAGCUUGUGGUGCAAGAGCCUCCAGUAGCACUGCACGAUGAACAGAAGGAAGUGACAGCCACUGAAGGUCAAGAGGCAGUCCUCACCUGUGAUGUUACUGGUUCCCCCACUCCUACAAUUACCUGGGCAAGACCAAAUAUGGGCCACACACCUGUCACUCCAGAGAACCCACGCAUUAAGAUAUCUGGAAAGGAACUAAUUAUCUUGUCAGUAGUGGCAGAAGAUGCAGGCAGUUAUGAGUGUACUGCCCAGAACCCUGCUGGUCACAUCAAUGCUCAGCUCCUUCUUACUGUUCACUCCCCACCAUCAGUUCAGGAGGGAAGGAAUGAGUCUGUGUCACUGAAGCGUGGGGAGGAACUAAGGCUGAGCUGCACAGUGUCUGGCCUUCCACAGCCUCGUACAUCAUGGCUGAAGGAUGGACGAAUCCUCUCCAAUACUGCCAGAGUUCUCAUACAACCAAAUGGAGGUCUGGUGGUGUCUAGAAUACAGGCAUCAGACUCUGGGGUUUACACUUGCCUGGCAACAAACUUGGUGGGACGUUUGUACCGUGAUGUGGAAGUAGAUGUCCUGUUGCCCCCAACCUUUGUAGCUCUGCCACGGAGCACUGAAGUCACUCAAGGCCAACGGUUUGAGUUGGAGUGUGAGGCCGUUGGAAACCCUAUACCAUCAAUCCAGUGGUUACUUAAUGGAGUGCAGGUAGAUGGGGUGACCACCUCGCUGGGUGGAUGGUCUCAUCUGGUGGUGGAACACGCCUCCAAAACUGAUGAAGGCACUUACACUUGUCUGGCAGAGAAUGAGGCAGGGCACAAAAAAGCCAUUGCAGCCGUACAAGUCAAAGUCCCACCAAUCAUCAUGUAUGGGCCGGAAGAGACCACCGUGCUAGAGCUGAGUGCCGUCACCUUGGUGUGUGUUGCUGAGGGUGAUCCGGUUCCCUCCACAACCUGGAUCAAGGAGGGACACUCACUACAGACAUCGGACAGAGUUACACUAACCCCUAAUGGAUCCCUGAUCAUCAAUGCAUCCCAAGCCUCUGAUGCUGGGGAAUACAAGUGUGUAGUGAGCAAUGGGGCAGGAGCAGCUGAGGCCACAGCCCACUUGGUUGUCCACACAGCUCCUGUCAUCACUACUCCACCUGUAGCUCAAGUUGUGGAGGUUGGUAGCAUGGUGGUGUUUGACUGUGUGGCAGAAGGUUCUCCAGUACCUGACAUACAGUGGAAUGUUUCUCCUGGUGAUCUUCAUUCACGGUUCCAGAAGUUGACAAAUGGUUCUCUUCAGUUAAUUGCAGCACAAAUGGAAGAUGAGGGUCAAGUUAUAUGUCAAGCUUACAAUGACUUGGGUGAGGACUUGGCUAAAGCUAGUUUGUACAUCAAAGUUCCAGGAUUCUGGGGAUCGUGGGGAUCUUGGUCACCCUGCAGUGUGUCCUGUGGGCCUGGCCAACAGCUUCGAAGGAGAGAAUGUGACUCCCCAGCACCUCGACAUGGGGGUGCUCCGUGCCAGGGGGCUGAAACUCACACACGCCCUUGUCGACCCCAACCUUGCCCUGUGGAUGGUAACUGGUCACCAUGGGAACCUUGGAGUGACUGCAGUGCAACUUGUGGUGAAGGUGUACAGAUUCGAUCCAGACACUGCACAGCCCCAGUGCCUCUGUAUGAUGGCAAGCCUUGUGAAGGUAGUGACACACAGGAGGAGAAGUGCCACCUAAAAGAUUGUCCAGUGUCAGGACAGUGGGGCUCCUGGAGUUCCUGGUCAGACUGUAGCACCUCUUGUGGACAAGGACUGAAGCAACGCUCCCGCCUUUGUGACUCUCCACCUCCAUCAGGGGGAGGAGCUCAGUGUGAAGAAGACAGCUUGGAGGUGACCCCAUGCUCCAGCUCUCCUUGCCUGCUGGAUGGCAGCUGGGGAACAUGGGAGGCAUGGAGUGUAUGCAGUGUGUCUUGUGGAGGAGGAGUGAGACGGCGACUUAGAAACUGCCGUGAUCCACUACCAAGCAAUGGGGGCCGCUACUGUCCAGGGUCUGACACUCAGGAGGAUUACUGUAAUUUUGACUUGUGCCCAGUAAAUGGUGGGUGGUCAUCGUGGUCACCAUGGGGUGCCUGUACUGCCACCUGUGGGGGAGGCCAACGACGCAGGUUCCGUACAUGUGACAGUCCACCACCCUCCCAGGGGGGCCGUGCUUGUACUGGAUCAGAUGCUGACACCGAGGCCUGCAACACCCAGCAGUGUCCAGUGAAUGGUGAGUGGGGACUGUGGGGCGAGUGGUCCAGUUGCAGCGAGUCAUGUGGGAUUGGCAUCAGGACAAGGAGACGGCUUUGUGAUGCCCCGUACCCCAGAAUGGGAGGAUCGUCAUGCUCAGGGGAAGAAACUGAGACUGGUGUGUGUCUGGGACAUUUGUGCAAAAAACUGCCAGAAGUAGCCCGUGGGACUCUCAUGGGAGAACUUAAUGGAGAAGAUUUGGGUAUUGUCAAGCUCUUAGCCAAUGUCUCCACCUUAGGCAUGCAGAGGACAGUCACUGGCAAUGUCAGUCCUGUCAUACCUAAACAUGGUGCCUGGUUGACUCCUUUACUCUCUCUGCUAUCUCCGGUGUAUUGGAUAGGAGCAUAUGAAAUUAAUGGAGCUGUCAAUGGCCAUACUCUCACAGAAGGCUUCUUCCGUCAAGAGGCACAUGUGGCUUUUGCUACUGGAGAGACAAUAGAUAUGACACAUGUAGUACGAGGUGUUGAUUCUGAUGGAACCUUGCUGGUGGAUGUUGUAGUCACAGGAAACGUGCCUUACCUGCCUCCUGGCUCCCCCAUCACCCUUCACCCAUAUACAGAAACUUAUGUACAAACGGGUAGCGGCUCCCUCUUUGUUACAUCUACUCGUGCAUUCUCUCUUGGACAUCAUCAACUUCCAUAUGCAUGGAAUAAAACUAUAUCAUAUGAUGCUGAUCUGGGCAGCAUGCCAUUCCUGGUGGAGACACUGCACACAAAUGGUCUAGGCACCUCAUACAGCAAUAUCAAGCAAGAGUUGACUAUGGUGGCAUCAGCUUCUAUCACACCUGGAACACCUAGCCAGAUGUGCCCAUCAGGCUUCACCCUGAAUGAGGCAGGACGUUUCUGUCAGGACAACAAUGAGUGUGGAAGCUCCAGUAGUCGCUGUUCUCAUGGCUGCACCAACACCGUAGGGAGCUAUGUGUGUACUUGUUCCCCGGGGUACACCUUAGGCCCUGAUGGCUACACCUGUCAAGAUAUGGAUGAAUGUUCAAUGCCUGGAGUGUGUGGUCCACAAGAGCAGUGUGAAAAUUCUCCAGGAUCGUACAUUUGCACCUAUGCAUGUGGACACGGCCUUCGGAGGACUUCAUCUGGUUCAUCGUGUGAAGAUGUCAACGAGUGUGAGGAGCAGCCAGGAGUGUGUGACCAGACUUGCCUCAACCUCAUUGGGGGCUACAGGUGUGAUUGUCGACGAGGUUUCCGACUCGUUGGUCAGAGUCGCUGUGUAGAUAUUGAUGAGUGUUCAACAUUCCGGUCUCCGUGCAGCCACAGCUGUGAGAACACAGUGGGAUCCUUCAAAUGCACUUGUCCCGAGGGCUACUCUGUCUUGCGGAACGGUCGCUGUAAAGACAUUGAUGAGUGUAGGACCCACCAACAUAAUUGUUUGGAGGAACAAGAGUGUGAGAAUACAGAAGGCUCCUACACCUGCAUAACCAAUUGUCCUCUGGGCCUCAAGCAAGCCUCUAAUGUUACCUGCACUGAUAUUGACGAGUGUGAAGAGAGACUGUCAGGGUGCCACUACACUCAGAUCUGCACCAACACCUGGGGUUCUUAUGUCUGCUCAUGUGCUCAAGGCUUUAGGUCUGCAGGUCCUGGCCAACCUUGCUUAGAUGUGAACGAGUGCUUGGCUUCCCCGUCCCCAUGUAGCUACCGCUGCCACAACCUGCGGGGAACAUACGAGUGUGUGUGUGCCCCGGGACAACAAAGGCUUCCUGAUGGAAAAUCAUGCAUUGGGCUUCAGUAUGUAGAGGAUCCUCGCACUCGUCCACUCCUUCCCCAUCGCCGAGACAGACCUGCCUCACCUGGCUACCCAACCUCUGAGUUUCAAGAAAAAUUACUUCAAAAAUUCUACCUCCAGAAUAGCUGCCCAGCAGGCUUUGAGUAUUUUAAUGGAGAGUGCCAAGACAUUGAUGAAUGUAAGCUGCGUGACAGAUGUCAGCACCAGUGCCACAACACCCAUGGCAGCUAUGUGUGUCUCUGCCCCCCUGGGUACCGCCUCAAUCAUAAUCAGCGCACCUGUGAUGACAUUGAUGAGUGCAUUGAGCAGUCAGUGAAGUGUGGCGUGGAGGAAGUUUGCUUCAACCAGAGAGGCUCCUACCGAUGUGUGGCCAUGCGUUGUCCCCCGGGUUACCAGCGUGAUCUGCCUACUGGCUCUUGCAUCUUGGAUUGCCGCCAUGGUGGAGUCAGCUGUCCUCCUGGUGUCAAUUAUGCCCAUAUUUUAGCCUUCAAGACAGCUUCCCUGCCAGCUGGUAUAAAGGCCAACCAGGAUCUGGUGAGACUGAUGGCUUAUGAUCAGCUGGGUAACUUGGUGCCACAAACUCUCUUCACCAUCAUUGAGAAUGAAUCAGGAGUACGAUUCAGAAUUCGUGUCAAGAACGGAAGAGGAAUUCUCCGCACUCUGCAGCCUCUUGUAGCAGGACGGGAGUAUCGGAUGAUUGUAGAGGCAGUGUCCUAUGAUGAGAGGGAACACUUCAUCAAGUACUCCACAAGGUUCAUCAUUUUCCUUCACAUAUCAGAAUACCCAUACUAGACAAUGUGAGACUUUGUGCACCUUACCAGGGAAGCAUCAUGAGUGCAAUUUGUAUUUAUUUUAGUGGUAUGUUUUGAAAUAUACCAGAGUCUAUUUGGUAUAGGUGUGGAGGAGCAUAUGAAGAAAAGACUUAGUGAGUUGUAGAGUAGUUUGGUAAUUUUUUUUCACUAUCCCUAUUUAUUUGUUCCCAGUUGAGUUAGUUUUUACUCAUCACCUGAGAGAAGACUAAGAUGCUGAACUUAGUUUCAAGCUUUAAAGAUAAACUACUAAUAUUGUUCUAUGUAGUUUAUGAUUUAGUAUAAGUUAGGAGUAAUUAGUAUAAUGUAGUUAUAUGGAAAGCAGAGCUGGGCGCAUUACUGGAUAUCCGGCAGUCCGGUACCACACUUCCGCACCUCCGGUACUGUACUCAUAACUAUUAAAAAUGCGCUUGAAAAAUUUAGUCCGCACCUCAAAUAAUAAAACAAAUUACAAGGCAGGAGGGGGUGGGAGCUUGCUUAGACCCGAAUGAGUGACAUCACUCAAGUGGCGGGAAACGGGGAAAAUAUGCCUGGUAGCACAGACCGCCAAAAACGGCCGAAAGUAAUGCUACGGAGUGCGGACUGUUUGUCAUCUUUAUUUAUUUAUCUUUUUUAUCCUUGAAAAUCUCAGGUGCGGAAGUACGGACUCAAAAUUUCGCUUUUCCAUACUUGUCUCAAGUGCGGAGAUAUGGACAAAAAAUUUCACCUUUCUGUACCUGUAACUUCCGCACUUUUGAAAAAUUUUCCGCACUUCGCACCUCCGCAUCUCGUUUGGUGGUCCGCAGGUACGUGGAGCGCAUGUGCGGACUGAGAUAAGGAAGUACUCAGCUCUGAUUAAAUUAAUUCUUUUCUUAGAAGCAGUAUACUUAUGAUUUUUUUUCUUUUUUACUUUUUGUCUAUAUGUGAAUGUGGUUGCCAUGCGAAUCUCUUAGUUUUAGUGAGAAGUAUGUAUUUCAAUUCCAUCAUACUCAAUAAAUUCACUUUCCAUACUAAAACUCAAUGUAUGUAGUUUUUAAGACAAGCUGGUCAAAGAUAAUACUGUAAUGUAAAAACACAAUAAAAUAAUAAUAACAAAAA